UACAUUGCAAUCGAAGAGUUAGCGAUACUUUUUGUUUCUUCAAUUUUAGGGUUCACGGCAGGAGGAAAUUGGGGAAAGACGAAGAUGGUUGGAGAUCGUUUCUCGAAGAUGGCACAUUUCAUUCCAUGCCAUAAGACGGAUGAUGCAAACAACGUGGCUGAUUUGUUCUUCAAGGAGAUCGUGAGGUUGCAUGGAAUGCCACGUACCAUUGUGUCUGAUCGAGAUGCAAAGUUUCUAAGCUACUUUUGGAAGACAUUGUGGAGUAAACUCGGCACAAAGCUUCUGUUUUCAACACUUGUCAUCCUCAAACGGAUGGACAAACUGAAGUGGUCAAUCGUACUCUAUCCCAAAUGCUACGAGCUGUGAUCAAGAGCAACAUCAAAACUUGGGAAGAUUGUCUACCACAUGUCGAGUUUGCAUACAAUCGAGCUGUGCAUUCAACCACAAAGCAUUCACCUUUCGAGCUCGUGUAUGGGUUCAAUCCACUUACACCAUUGGAUUUGACACCUCUGCCCUUGAAGGAACAAGUUAACAUGGAUGGAGCAAAGAAGGCUGAAUUUGUGAAAAAUCUCCACGAGAAGGCAAGAUUGAACAUCGAGAUGAGGAUGGAGCAAAUCAUGAAGAACGUCAAUCGCAAUAGGAAGCCUCGAUCAUUUGAAGUUGGAGAUUGGGUAUGGGUGCACUUGAGAAAGGAAAGGUUUCCUCAUCAAAGGAGAUCCAAGCUGUUACCUCGAAGUGAAGGUCCCUUCCAAGUUAUUUCGAAGGUUGGAAACAAUGCCUACAAAAUCGAUUUGCCAAGAGAGUAUGGGAUAAGUGCAACCUUCAACGUUUCUGACCUUGCACCAUAUUUGGAGGACAAUUCGGAUUUGAGGUCAAAUCUUUUUCAAGGGGGAGGGACUGAUGAGGUCAUCAAAACCAAGUCCAUUUCGUCACAAGAAGGGCCAAUUACACGUCUACAAGCAAAGAGGUUAAGGGAGGAGUUUGCUGUCUAUUUGGAUCGUCACUUUGCUCAAAUGGACGUGGAUCAUCAUCAUGGGAAGACCAUUACAUUGCUACAACUCGUGGACCAACAUGAAGGAAAAAUGGGCUUGGAAGGAGAAGAUGAUUCGACUAAGGAAGAGGAGGGGAGUCUCAAGUGUGAAAAGGAUCAAGGUGGGAAAGGAAUCAAAGGUGGGAACACAAGGGAAUGCUAGAACCUAGGGAGUUGUUGACCAAGUCUUUUACUUGUCUUUUAAGGAUUGUGUUUUCCUUUUACUUGUCUUUUAAGGAUUGCGUUUUUUUCUUUUACUUGUAGCUUUUGUUUUUAAUUUUCAGCUUUGGAUUUGUGUUAGCUAGUCUAUAAAUAAGAGGCUGAGUUCCUCAUUGUAACUCAUUCAAUUAUCAAUCAAAAUUCAAGUUACAA